AUGCCCACUACUACACGAGCUGCGGCGAAGGCCAAUGCUGAGAUACCUCAGUGCAUUUGCGAGUUGUGCAAAAACCCCAACCAUGUAGAAGAAAUGGUAGCUUGCGAUCAAUGCCGUCGUUGGUACCAUUGUACGUGUGCGGAGGUGGCUGAGGGUUUCACUGGCAAGUGGACAUGCAAGGAUUGCAUCUCGACCUGGACAGUCAGUGGUGCUUCGACCUCUGGAAAAUCCAGCAACAUCUCGCAGUCGACACGGAUUCAAUUUCAGCUCAUGCGGCUGGAGGAAGAGAGAAAGUCGCAAGAGAAGCUCAUACAAGAGCAACAGCAACAAGAUCGUGCUCGGCUGGCGGCGAAGGCUGCACUAGAUAAAAAAUAUCUCGACGAAAAGUACGCCUUGCUCAUCGCUGAAGCAGAGGAAGAGGAGGCGGGCAGCCGUAGAAGUCGUCGCAGCCGAAUGAGUCGAAACAGCCAAGUUCAGGAAUGGAUCCAGGAGCUGGACGGAGCUGUCGGGGGAAAUCUCAUUCCAGUGAACAUCAACGACAUUUUUCCACCGAUUUCGAUCGGUACUGAAUCGGGUGUACCUUGUGGAGGUAUGCUGACGAAGUAUACGGGAGCAGUCUCGAAAAAUCCGUUGAAACAUUUGAACGACAGGUACAGGAAUCCAUCACGCCAGCCAACGACUGAAUGGAUUGCCGAUAAUGUUGGUACUGAGAAUACGGGUUCGCUACCUGGUAUGAAAGACCCGAUCACAGCAUCUACUCCGAUUCGAUCUGUUGGUAUAGUACGACAGCCAACAGUACAAAGUUCGUUACCAACACAAACGGUGGUUAUACAGCCGGUGUUUACCCAACCAGUAUACACGCAGUCGGUGUUAGCUCAACCUUUGCAGUCGCAACCUACACUUUCAAAACUGGUUCCCCGAACACGCCCACCAACGUUUUUAUUUCCGGAACCACCAUCGAGGCCACCAGCUGCUCAGGUACCUGUCUCACCCCCACCAGUAAGCGAACCAUCAUUACUACGAUCGAGUGUCCAACAGCUCUAUGUGUCGAAUCUCGAGUCGCAACCGAAUUCAUCACAACAACGACCACCAACUUUUCGAUCGCUGAUAUCACCUCCGUCCUGCACCCCACCGUUAGUACACUCACCUCAAGAGCCAACCAUCCAUCGUUCAACGGAACAACGUUCGAGCGCACACCUACCUCCAACAUCGCAGGCAUCGUUUCAACAAUCGCACACACUAGCGCAUCCAUCGGGAUCGGCAAUGUGUGAUCAAUUCGACGAACGAUCUCAACCACCAUCUGUGCUGCGCACGGUGGUAUCGAAUACUUCGCCACUACCACAUCCGACCGUUUCAGAGCCAUUUUUACCAGGUACAUCAGUACCACAAGCAAUAACAUCAAAUCCAUCGCCACAUCAACGGGCUGUGUCAUAUGUUGAUUUUCAGCAGCAAUUAGCAGCUAGGCAGGUAGUGCCUAGGGAUCUUCCGAUUUUCAAUGGAAACCCAGAGGAAUGGCCGCUAUUUAUUAGUAGCUACCGGAACUCAACGGCGAUGUGUGGUUAUUCGGAUGCAGAAAACCUGAUGAGGUUGCAGAGGUGCUUAAAGGGAAGCGCACUGGAAGCUGUCCGAAGUAAUCUCCUGAUUCCUGCUUCAGUUCCUCAAGUAUUGUCGACGCUAGAAACGUUAUUUGGUAGUCCUGACCGUUUGCUGCAGUCGAUGCUGAACAAGGUGCGGUCUGUACCAGCCCCCAAGUUAGAGCGCUUGGAAACACUGGUCAACUUCGGCAUCACCGGUCUCGGAGGCGAACCAGCCUAA